CACCCUUCGUUCACACCCUGUUCCCCGAUACUUUCCGGCAGCUUACCGCAAGCAAUUUUACGGCAGCAUCUGCUGCAUUAUGGUAGUUUCAGGACCAUAACCGCCUCAAUGGAUUCAUUCAAAGAACUCCAGGACUCCAUUUCGAGCGCCCUUGUCUCGACAACGCGCUCGGCAACCAGACUCAGCAGCGCCGACAUACCCUUCCAACGCUCACUGGAUCCCGAAGUAGGCACGGCAAUUGACGAGCACAAUGCGCGGCUUCUUCAACUCGCGCAGCGUCUUCUCCAGAAUGCUGCAGCGAGUUCGGGCGCUGUAGGUCCAAAGCUCCCCGACGUCGAGGCCAUAGACGCCAACUGGAGGGGUAUCGUUGAUGUCGUCGACAGCUUGCUUGAGAAAGCGGACACAAGCCUGGACGAGUACACGGGUGUGGUGAAACGCCUGGCCCAGGGAGGUGAACAGGCUACUUCUGCCAAAAAGACGGCCCGCCAUGCAAAUCUCCCCAAUACAUAUCCGAAACCCCAGCUUCUAUUUGAGCAUGUUCCUAAAAACGAUGAAACCGGAGGCUUCAGGCCGCUGCUUUCAACCAAACCACAUGCGAAGAUUCCACUUGACGAAUGCUUGAAAACUUUCAGAGAUAGCAAUGGCAAUGAGCAAUACCCCCAUCCUUAUCAAACAGAGAUCGAGUCGUACGAAUACCCCGCCUCAAUGUACCAAACCUCCGAGCCAAUAGCGUAUACACCUUUUGAGACGACGACAGCGACAUUCGUAGAUACCCCUGAAGCCGUUGCUGAAAUGUUGGCGGAGCUGAAGUCGGCGAAGGAGAUCGCAAUCGAUCUGGAGCACCAUGACAAUCGAUCAUACGUUGGCAUUGUGUGCUUGAUGCAGAUUAGUACACGGAAUAAAGACUGGAUAGUCGACACUUUGAAGCCCUGGCGUCGGCGGCUUGAGUGCUUAAACGAAGUGUUUGCGGAUCCGAGCAUAGUCAAAGUAUUACAUGGCGCAUAUAUGGACAUUGUGUGGCUCCAGAGAGACCUGGGUCUGUAUGUUGUCGGCCUCUUCGAUACAUAUCAUGCUGCGAGAACGCUUGGAUACCCCGGCGCAAGCCUGGCUUUCUUGCUCAGCAAAUUCGCCAACUUCCAGGCGCAAAAGCAAUACCAGAUGGCGGACUGGCGAGUACGACCCCUCGGCGACGAACUCUUCAAUUAUGCGCGAGCAGAUACCCAUUUCCUACUUUACAUAUUCGAUUGCAUGCGGAAUGAGCUUGUUGAGAGGUCUGACUUCUCGAACCCGGAGAAGGAUAAGGUCACAGAAGUUCUGAACAAGUCACGGGAAACAGCAUUACAGCGCUACGAACAUCCUAUAUACGACAGUGAGCUCGGCAUGGGCGCAGGGGGCUGGUACAGGCUCAUUUGCCGCACUCCUCUCCAGUAUACCCCUCAGCAGUUUGCUGUGUUCCGUGCGGUUCACAAGUGGAGAGACGAUGUUGCGCGCGCAGAAGACGAAAGCCCGGUAUACGUCAUGCCUAACCAUUCAGUCUUCUCUAUCGCGCGGACAAUGCCGGAUGACCGGACAGCGUUGUUCAGCAUCAUGCCUCAUGUUUCGCAUGUGGUGCGCGCCAGAGUCGAUGAGCUCCUUGCAGCCAUUGCAGAAGCCAAGAAUGUUGGCCCGGAUGCGCCGGAUCUCAACGACACCAUCAAGAAGAUCGAGGACAUGAAGUUCAAGGGGACAGAGGAAGUGCUGCCUACGAAGUCCGCCGGCGAAGAAAUACCUGCAGCUCCGAUCCUCGAAACGACACCACUAGUGGCUGCAUUGGACACCGCACCACAUCGGGCAUCUAUAUCGAAGUUCUGGGGUGGCUUGUGGUCUGGAGGCUCCGUGGAUUACAGUCUACCAGCUUCAGAAUUGGGCAUCAGUCUUGCGCUUCCUUUGCCUCCGCUUACGGCCGAGGUGUUCGCCAGUGAUGGCGGGCCAGCUGCCGUAGAAACGCCUGCGGACGAAACGCCCCAACCGACGUUUGUCCCCAAGGAGGAGCGUCCGGCGGAGGACAAGCGCUCGGAUAUCUUCAUCGUCAAGCAGCUUGGCGGGAAGCGUAAACGCGGGCGCGUUGAAUCUACCGAGGAACAGGGAGAGAAUGCUUUGGCCGCCGCGUCGGAGCUGGAGGCGAAUGCUGAUGAGGUCAUGCUGGAGGAUGACGAGAAGGCCCGACGCAGGAGAGAGAAGGCGCUCAGGAAAGAGGCUAAGAGGCUCAAGAAGCAGCGUCAGGCGCAGGAGGCGGCAGAACAGGAAGACGAGGAAGGGGAGGUGCAGGAGGAGGAAGAGCCGGCAUUCGAUUAUGCGUCUGCGCCGUCGGUGCUGCGGGCGCGGGAAGCGGAGAGGAGUCAGGCUGGAGGCAGCGGGAAGAAGGCGAGGGAGAAGAAGAGAGAGCAAGGGUUCAAUCCCUAUGCGCGGUUGGCGGACGCGCCGAGGGGCCUUCCGAGGGCGCAGAAGGAGAAGGCGGGGAAGAGUAAGACGUUUCGGUCGUGAGUGGAGUGAUGAGUUCAAGACGGGGUUAUCGGCUGCGGGCUUUUCCGUUCUUGGUACAUAUUUGCGAGUGCGUAUGAUACUCUCUGACUUCCAAGUGAUAGUCAAGCUAUAGCAUGGACGGCGAAACGGAGUUGGUUGGCAACGCCAUCGAUUGAUCAAUCAGCAUACAUUCCAUUCCAUUCCAUUC